AUGUCAAUAUUGUUUCUCUCACUCCUCUCUAAUUCGAAGCAAUUACCAACUAGACUUUUAGAAAUAACAACACGUCCAUAUUUGUAUGGUCUUUCACAGAAAUUGCAUAAACAGAUUACAACAUUUCGUGAUAUUCCAGAUUCAGAAUUUCAAUCUUGGAAAGAAAAAGGAUUUGAAUGGGUCUGGUUUAUGGGUGUUUGGCAAAUAGGAGAAUUAGGCCCACAACAUGAUAGAACUGAUCCCGGUUUAAAGAAAUCUUACGAUCAAGUUUUACCUGGAUGGACGAAUGAUGAUGUAAUAGGCUCUCCUUACUCAAUAACAGAAUACAAACUGAAUAAGCAACUUGGUACUGAAGAAGAUCUUAAAUGGCUUCGCCAAAAGCUUCAUUCAUAUGGAAUGAAAUUAAUGCUGGAUUUUGUUCCAAAUCAUUCCGCAUGUGAUGCUCCAACAAUUACCACAAAUCUUAAUUUUUACGUUCGUUGUCCCAAAGGUGAAACCCCUGAUCCUUCAAAAUACAUGAGCAACGGCAUUGCUUACGGAUGUGGCAUCUGGUGUGAUCCGUGGACCGAUGUUGCUCAAUAUAAUUAUGCCGAUGCCGAAUUCAGGAAGCAUCAAAUAGCAGUUCUCAAAUACAUUGCAUCUGUUGCCGAUGGAUGCCGUUGCGAUAUGUCACAUCUCAUUAUUAACGAUGAAUUUUGGGAUUAUUGGCAAACUCAACUUACAUCAUGGGGUUAUACAAAGCCUACUACAGAGUUUUGGACGGAAGCAAUAUCAGCAGUUAAAGCUUCAUAUCCUGAUUUCAAGUUUAUGGCAGAGAGCUAUGGAGAUGUUCUUUCCAAGCUCCACUCUUUUGGUUUCGAUUGGACUUAUGAUAAGGAUCCUUUAGAUAAACUAUACUACCACGAUCUUAACGGUUACCAACAAUAUGUUGCAAAUCAUAACAUUGAUUUCUUCUCAAAAACUGCUCAUUUCACAGAAAACCACGAUGAACCAAGGACUGUUGAUAAAUUCUGGAAUUGGGAUCCUGCUGCGGACUGUGCUGCAGCAACACUUCUUACUCUUCCUGGUUUACGCUUCUUCUUCCAAGAUCAAUGGCUUGGCUACAAGAAUAAGAUUGAUGUCCAUCUUCGCCGCGCUGCUUCUGAAGACACACGACCAGAUAUAACCCAAUUUUAUGAUGUUUUGUUCAAAGUAUUAGAUUUGGAUGCCCUAAAGAAAGGUGAAUUUACACAGUUAUGGGUUUCAGGUUCAUCAACAAUUCCAGCAUGGAAAUGGGUAUCUGGUUCUCAGCAUAUCUUAGUUGUUGCUAACUUUAACGAAAAUACCUCUGGUGGGUCCGUUGUUCUAUCUGAUGCUCCUGGAACUGGCAAUAUUCAAGUGAAAGAACUCGUUUCUGGAGAAACUUACACUAGGAAAGCAGAAGAUUUGCGUUCAACUGGACUUUAUGUCAUUCUCAACCAAUACCAAGUUCAAAUUUUCCAAUACUAA